UCAGAGUUUUAUUGAUUAAUGGGGUCAAUACAAUUUCGAUCUCGUCCUUUUCCUUCCUUUUUCUUAUUGGAUACGCUCAGCUAGAACUUCUAUACAGAGAUAGAAGUUUAUCUUGUUCUUUUAGAUAAAUGGCUUCUUCAGCGAGGAGCUUGGUGGUGGUGCUGCUAGGCUUGUGUAUGUUGAUCCUGAAUGCUGGCUAUGGCCAUGGCAGCAAGGUGGAAAUGGGAUCUUAUUCGAAGAGAAAGACUCCGAGAAAUCUCUUGGAUAAUGGACUGGGAAGAACACCACAAAUGGGAUGGAAUAGUUGGAAUCAUUUCAACUGUAAAAUUGAAGAGAAACUGAUCAGGGAAACAGCGGAUGCAAUGGUGUCAUCGGGUCUUGCUGCUGCAGGAUAUGAAUAUAUAAACUUAGAUGAUUGCUGGGCUGAACCUAAUCGAGACUCUCAGGGAAACAUGGUUCCUAAAGCAUCAACAUUUCCCUCUGGAAUCAAAGCUUUAGCAGAUUAUGUCCAUGGCAAAGGGCUAAAACUUGGAAUUUAUUCUGACGCUGGGACUCAAACGUGCAGUAAAACUAUGCCUGGAUCGUUAGGGUAUGAGGAAAAUGAUGCGAAAACCUUUGCUUCUUGGGGAAUUGACUACUUGAAGUAUGAUAAUUGCGAAAAUACGGGUACUAGUCCUAAGGAAAGGUAUCCGAUAAUGAGUAAAGCAUUAUUAGACUCAGGAAGACCCAUCUUUUUUUCACUAUGCGAAUGGGGACAAGAAGACCCUGCAACUUGGGCCCCAAAAAUUGGAAAUAGUUGGAGAACCACUGAAGAUAUUAGUGACAAUUGGGAUAGCAUGACAUCUCGUGCAGAUCAAAAUGACAAAUGGGCAUCUUAUGCUGGACCUGGAGGCUGGAAUGAUCCUGACAUGCUUGAAGUUGGAAAUGGAGGCAUGACCACUGACGAGUAUCGCUCACAUUUCAGCAUUUGGGCUCUAAUUAAGGCUCCUCUGCUAAUUGGGUGUGACAUUCGAGCAAUGAAUAACCAAACUUACGAAAUAUUAAGCAACAAAGAAGUAAUUGCAGUAAAUCAAGACAAACUUGGAGUUCAAGGGGAAAAGGUUAAGAAAGAUGGGGAUCUUGAGGUUUGGGCAGGGCCUUUGAGUGGUAAUAAAAUAGGCCUAGUACUAUGGAAUAGAGGUUCUUCGACAGCUAAUGUUACUGCUAAUUGGGCUGAUAUUGGGCUUAAUUCAUCAACUGUGGUCAAAGCAAGAGACUUGUGGGAGCAUUCAACUAAAUAUUCAAUCAAGGGAGAAUUAUCAGCUACUGUGGAAUCUCAUGCUUGUAAAAUGUAUGUCUUGACCCCAAAGCAUUGAAGCAAAAUAUGGAGAUAUAGUGUCAGUGCAUACAAAUAAAGAUUUUUGCAGUUUUUGGUAUCACUUAAUAAAAUCACAAAAUAUGUGGCUUUAUGAUUCAUGAUAUAGAUUUGGGGGAUAUUUAUACGAUAUAUUUAAUAAAUAUUUUAUAUUAUAUCUGUUAGAUGCUGUGAU